AUGCCGCGGGUGAUGACGGUGCAGGGGACGCUGGCGGAGCUGCAGGAGGAGGAGCGGACGAGCAGCAUGCCGUCGGAUGUGCAAUCGUCACAGGUGCUGGAGCGCAUCAUCAUCGUGGCGAACCAGCUGUCGGUGCGCGCCUGCCGCCGGGCGGAGGGACGGGGGUGGAGCUUCGCGUGGGACGAGGAUUCAUUGCUACUCCAGUUGAAAGAUGCCCUCCCAUCGGACAUGGAGGUGCUCUACAUCGGCUCCCUCAGCUUUGACGUCGAGGCCCACGAACAGGACGACGUCGCGCAGACGCUGCUCGAGCGGUUCAAGUGUGUGCUGACCUUCCUCCCCCCGGAUCUCCAUGACUACUUCUACCAUCGCUUCUGGCAGCUGUUUCACUACAUGCUUCCCUUCUCCUCCUCCGGCGGCGGUGGCUACGACCGCAGCUUGUGGGAGGCAUACGUCCUCACUAACAAGCUCUUCUCCGAGAGGGUCAUUGAGGUGAUCAACCCGGAGGAAGACUACGUGUGGAUCCACAACUACCACCUUAUGGCCCUCCUCACCUUCCUACGCCGCCACUUCAACCGCCUUCGAUUGGGAUUCUUCCUCCACGUACCUUUCCCCUCCUCAGAGAUCUACCGCACUCUUCCAUUCCGUGAAGAGAUUCUGAAAGCCCUCCUCAACUGCGACAUUAUCGACUUCCACACCUUCGAUUAUGCCCAUCAUUUCCUCUCCUGCUGUAGCCGCAUACUUGGCAUCGAGUACCAAUCCAAGCGUGGCUACAUCGGCCUCGACUACUUUGGCCGCACCAUCGGGAUCAAAAUACUGCCUGUUGGCAUUCACAUGGGCCAGCUCCAGUCCGUGCUCCACCUCCCCGACAAGUAG